UUGCUUGCAGGAGAAGCGAGACUCGGGACGAUAUACAGAAAUGACGCAGUCGAGAGAACUCUGCGAAACGGGGACGUGUAUAGAGUUCCGGCCGGCUCCGCAUUCUACUUGGUGAACGCCGGAGAGAAACAGACGCUCCACGUCAUUUGCAGCAUCGACAUGGACGCGUCCGAGGACUUGCCAAUGAGGAAUUUCCAGUCUUUCUUCCUUGGCGGAGGGCCGAAACCUGCAUCGAUACUCACUGGAUUCGAUCCGCAGACACUGGCCACAGCAUUUAAUGUUUCAAAGGGAGAAGUGGAGGAGAUAUUGUCCAGGGAAAGAGAAGGUCCGAUCGUGCACAUGAGCGAUUCGCACCGGCCGAGCGUGUGGUCCAAGUUCAUGGACUUGGAGGAGCAAGACAGGCUGAAGCAUCUCCAGAGAGUGGUCCGAGAGAACGGGGGCGAAGACGAGGACGAGCCGAUCAAGUGGUCGUGGAGGAAGCUGCUGGACUCGGUGUUGGGACGCAGGAGGCCGGAGAGCGGGGAUGAAUGGGGACUUCACCACGCGCCCGACUCGUGCAAUCUCUACGACCGGAGCCCCGAUUUCAGGAACGAUUACGGAUGGAGCAUCGCGCUCGAUGAGUCCGAUUACAAGCCUCUCAGGCACUCCGGAAUCGGCAUCUAUCUCGUUAAUUUAUCCGCGGGCUCCAUGAUGGCGCCGCACGUGAAUCCGACCGCAACCGAGUACGGCAUCGUCCUGAGCGGCUCCGGCACGGUCCAGAUUGGGUACCCGAACGGGUCGUCGGCGAUGAACGCCAAGGUGAAAGAAGGCGACGUGUUCUGGAUCCCGAGAUACUUCCCCUUCUGCCAAAUCUCUUCCAAGAGCGGACCCCUCGAGUUCUUCGGGUUCACGACCUCCGCCCGCAGGAAUAGGCCGCAGUUCCUGGCGGGCCGGAACUCGGUGCUCCGGGCCAUGGGCGGGCCCGAGCUUGCCACGUCGUUCGGCGUGAGCGACAAGAGGUUGGAGGGGUUGCUCCGCGCGCAGAGGGAGUCCGUGAUACUGCCCUCGCCGGAGGCGGCGGGCCAUCUCGAGAAGGGCUUCGACGGGGAUCUGAUCACGGACUUCUGAAUCUUUGCUUGAUCUC